AUGCUGCAGAAGUUCAGAAAAACUUUUUCGUUGAGAUUCAAUAAGAAAUCGGAAGGAGAGGCUGGAUUUAUGCCUCCUAGCCCAUCGGAAAGCAUCGGAAAUAAGCGCUCUGAUACGCUAGAACGAUACAGAUUUGGUCCUUUGGUUUGGCGAGCCAGUAAAGAGAGGAAGAAGACAAAAGCUCAACGAAGCGCCAAGUGCAAUAGUGGUGACAGUGGAAUUCAAAUCGAACCAAGCGAACUCGGAAGUUGUUCUGUGGGAGUCGAUAGCUGUGAUGAAGGCUGUGCGCCAGAUAGUUUGACAGAUUCUGGCAAUGUCAGAACAAAUUCGGAUACGACAAGGGCUCUUUUCGAGAGAUUAAAGAUUGAACUCACUAAAGGAAAUCGUCAUCCCAACGUACGACGAGCUCAUUCUGAUAUUAGCAGCUCAAGCAGUGGUGGUCAAAGGUUACUCCAGUGGGGUGCUAGUAGGAAAUUUCAGGGACCAAGUACGCCCCUUAGACCGCACUUUGGUUCACUUCGUGCACGUCGGAUGAGGAAGUCUUUGAGUCAGUGCGAUAUUGACAAAUAUGACAGCCCGCAUCUUCGUAGGAAAAAUAAAUUAGUAACGAAUCAAAAUACAGACGAAGAAAGAACUUCGGAAGAUGAAUGUGUCAGCGAUUCUGGUUCGUCACUAAGCCAUACGGAUUUACUAGUCAUGCACGCGGCGAACGUGCAGGAUUCUCAGGACUCCAGUUGUCCAGAUUGCGAGGAAUGUUGUCAAGCACAGUUUUUGUCUGCCCUUUUCCCAACGUUUACACUCCAUGAUGAUGUGCUCUGCAUCCGCCCUAGUCGCUUCGCCCAAGCAGUAGCAACUAGGAUCGAUAUCGAUCCCAAUUCUGCUUAG